AUGUCCGCCGGUCAACGGAGCAAAAAUGGAUGCUGGACGUGUCGAACACGCCGAAAGAAGUGCGAUGAGGGCAGUCCUCCUUGCGGAAAUUGCGAGGCUAGAGGCUUGUUCUGCCACGGAUAUGGGCCUAAACCGCCCUGGAAGGAUAGGGGAGAGAAAGAGCGAGAUGAGGCUCGGCAACUUCACAUGCAAACACGAUCACGAAGAACCCAAUUAUUGACGUCGCAAAGUAGUAGCAGUAGCUCUCCUGCUUUGGCCUCCUUUCUUAGGCCUUCGCCUGAUUCUGCGGUUGCAUGUGAAGGAGAGCUUUCUAGACCCUGUCUCUCUCCUUCAGAUGAUCUGCCUAAUAUAGGGAACUUUGGGGGGCUAGGUAUGUCCGGCGACUUCUGGGGGCCACCAGUACUCGCUACUGAUAUCCUUUUUACUUCGAGCUCUGAUGAAUUCAAUAAUGGCGCUGUGGAAUUACCUAUUGUCCCUCAGUCCGGGCCGGGACUAAUAUGUUUUCCCUCGAGGACGAGUAACGAGCAAGCGGCCAACAGCGAGCACGAAUUACGUUAUUUGAUGCAUUUCAUGGGGGAUACAUUUUCUUUGUUACACUCUGGUUAUCAACCUACAUCUCUCAUGAAGCGCAGUUGGCUUCUCUUGCUACUUAUGCGAUCCGCUCCUUUUUAUUACGCAUCCCUUAGUAUGAGCGCCUACCACGAAUCUCACCAACUCUCCAAUUUCUCUAAUCCAGACGUGAACGGCAUACCUUAUCAAGAUUAUCAAACCUAUCGAACUUUAGCUAUUCGUCGCCUUGCUGACUUGCGAGAAGCCCAUCAAUCAUCGGCCCCUGCAUUCCGGCUUGCUGAAGAAGAAAUGAUUUGCUUCGUCCAACUUGCCAUAUUGGAGGCAUUAGGUGAUAAUUCCCAAGACUGUCGACUGUACCUCUCAUCUGCUCUGAAAUCCCUUUAUGACAAUGCCUUUUUCGAGCAUGAAAACCAACUACUCGUAACCCAACGACCUUCCAGUCAUUCUGCUUCUCAGCCUUUUCAGACACCGGACUUGAUCUGCCGUUCAUCGCCGAUGGAGCGCGAGGCCUUAGAAUUUUACAGAUCUCUUCUUGUGUGGAACGAUAUACUUUCUUGCUCAUUAAAUGCCACGGAGCCGUCUAACACAUCGGCCUAUCAGGUCAUUCUUCGUGACGAUCAUUUGAGUUUCAAGUUUGAAGAGGUAGUUUCCUGUCAGAGUUGGAUCCUGUGUAGCAUUCUGGAUGCCACCCAGUUAUCCAAUUGGAAGAGAGAACAAGAGGCGCAGGGUCAUCUGAGUGUACGAGGCCUGGUAGGGCGAUCGGAAAAAAUCGAGUCCGUGCUAGAACAAGGUAUUCAGAAGCUCGCUGAGCUCGUCGGUCAAGAUCCUCCUCCGUCUAAUCUACUAUCCUCGCAUGUGCAUAGCUACAUUUUCGCCCACGCUGUUCUAGUUCAUUUGAAUACCAUUGUCUCAGGAUACUCACCUGGCGUACCAGAAAUCCAGCAAGCAAUGGACCGAGCAAUUGCCGCUUGGGAUACUCAUCCAUCACUGACAGAUCUCCGACUUCUCGCUUGGCCUUUCUAUGUGACAGCCGUUCUCUGUCUAGGCUCACAGAGACAGCAGUUUCGCCAGCUUAUUGCAGACGCUUCCAAGAAGGCUGGAUAUCUACAGAGUACUUUGCCAAAGUUGAAUUCGAUAGUGGAGGAUGUUUGGAGGAAAGUAGACACGUCAGUCAUGAGAAAGGAUAAAUUCUCUAGUUAUAUCAAACCACUACACAACCAGCAUUUAAAUGUUUUCUUCUUUUAA